CCCCCCCUCCCCUAAGUGCUUCUGGGCCACGUCACAUCCACGGCUACGUCGCAUCCUCCAAGUGCAUUGGCAAACAAAAGAUGUUCGAGGUACGGUUCGACAACAUCGCCAACAACGAGACCGUCUACACUAGGCUUGUCAUCCUCAGUGGCAGUGUCCUAGAAGGAGGCGGAGAAGACGGGUACCUUACUGUCGAGUCCCUCGAGCCAUCUGCGAGGCUGCACCCCAUUGAGGACGCUGCUUGGCAGACAUGGGAAGUCAACGCGGGAUACUUCAAGAUCCUGCUUCCCCUCGUCUUGGGCCAAAAUGAGGUCCGCGUUCGCUUCCGUUCCUCCUCGUCAGGCAGAGAUGAAGCCGAGGUGACCUUACGAUUGACGUACGAGCGAGACAUGCGCGUCCCACCGCUACAAUUGUGUAUGCUUGCUGCAAGCGAUUCUCCAUUGUAUUCGACCACGAGCAACUCUACUGACGACGGCGGUUCGAACAACAAAAUGGAGAGUCUCAAGAGGAAGAUGCUCGGAAACUCGUCUCGUCGCAAAUACGAGCUGCCGCACGACGAAGCCGGUCCACGGGCCCUUGUUGAUGCGCCACCAGGCCAUGCGCGUGAAAAGCUCCGACGAGGUGGUCUGGACGAGAUCAAGCGUCGGUUAUGUCUGCAGGUUUAUCUGUGGCAGGCCUUCCAUGCAGAGGAAAUGCGACGGCACGGUCUGGACCGCAGGGCCUUCCAGCUCGAGGACACCACCAUUGCACCUGCUCAGCGUCCACUCUCGCUGCUUGCGGACGUCCAUCUUCUUCGUUCGAAGCACACCCUCGCCGAAUUUCUUGACAAAGACAAUGCUCAACAGCAGAAGAACGCAAAGAACGGCGGGGCGAUGCAUGUCUUUGCCGGCGAGGCGAUCCGUGAGGCAGUAGAGACUGGCACCGCACCAUUUCACCGCGACUCUCCCUUGGCCGUAUUGAUUCUCGACACUCGCUGGGACUACGAAGCGAGCUUAUUGCGGGGCCAUGCUGCCGUGGGUGCUGCGACGCGCGAUGACUUCUCCUACGGUGUCAUGGGCAGUCAUUUCCUCUGGUCUGCUCCUUCCAACCUCAACGAGGUCACAUUCGCAUUCACCAACGAGGCAAAGACUGAAACACAAUUCGUCGUCAACGACCUGAACGAGUGCCCGACAGCAUGGCAGACGCUGAACAUUGGCAGCGGCGCCAUGUUGCACGAGGUCGGACACGCUCUUGACAACCCCCAUUGGCCAGACGGAAUCAUGGCGAGAGGCUACGUCGAGUUCAACCGUGCCUUUUGCACCCGCGAGCCUCCUCGGGCCCCGGCAAGCAAGGGCACAAAGCCCAUCACACCAAACAACGACGCUGGUAAAAAUCACUUGCAUCGCUGUCAGGCUGUCCGAGCCUUUCAUCACCCCUGCUUCCGCAUCCCGGCCGACCUGGAGCAGUGGGGCCCGCACGCAGCAUCGACGAGCAUCACGCCAGGGCUGACUGGGCAGGGUCCGACUCUGUCCAACGAAUCAGGCAUCGCCUCCAUCGAAAUUUCUGUGGGAGAAACGCACAAGACGCACAUCGAGUACGUGGGUAGGGCAGUGGCGACGAGGAGCAACGGCGGAGGCACGGCCUCACCAAAGAAGCUGCAGAUUUCGCCUUACUACCUGAGCCAGUUGCUUCAUUUUGAUGUCAUGGACCCGCGCUCGCCCACAGUCAGCCUCAAUGUAGUGGGUGCGAAUCUGCGCCAGGAAAAGUUGUCCGACUACCGCGACCAGGGCUUCGCGCAGCUGGUGCACGUCACGGAAAAGACGGACGAUCCCAGGCCGAUCUACAAGGGCGCUGCGGCCGGCAAUCAAGACGGAGGAUCGCUCCGUCAGACUCAAAUUUUUCCGAGCAAGCUCCAGCCCUCUAUCUUUGCCAUGAUUGGCAUCGACAUCUACGUCGGCGCGGCCCUUGAUGCGUUUACCUUCCAUUUUCACAAUUGGUCAACCAAUGCCCGCUCGACUGUUCACGUCGGUCCGCCUCAAAAUGACAAGGUACCCAAUUGUCAAUUUGCCAUUCGGGAGGCGGCAGACUCGAUCGCGCGGCUCGAGCUCCGCUGCGGUGCCUGGAUCGACGCAGUCAACAUUAUCAUGACCUCUGGUGCGCAAUCAGGCUGGUAUGGAAAUGUCGAAGGAGGAAGCCAAAAGGUGCUUGAGGCUCCCCAGGGGCAAGAGAUCGUUGGUCUCUUCUGUUCUGCGGGACAGUGGUGCGAUUCGAUCGGCAUACUCAUUCGCUGAUGACACUGAUACACCGACCCAUCAUUACUUAGAUGAAAUAUGAAGUUCUUUUACAUUUGUG